AUGCAGCCUUCUUCCGCGAUUUCACUAGUGACAGCAGCUUUGGCAUUGUCGUCGUCGCUCUUAUCAGCUCAGCAGCCUGGGACAUAUACCCCGGAAGCCCAUCCUUCGUUACUUUCGAAACAAUGUUCCAAGUACGGCGGUUGUGUGACUGAGUCGACUUCCAUCGUAUUGGAUGCCAACUGGCGCUGGUUACAUCAAGUUGGAGACUACAAGAAUUGCUACACUGGUAAUCAAUGGGACACUUCACUGUGUUCCACACCCGAGUUGUGUGCUAAGAAUUGCGCACUCGAAGGUGCUGAUUAUCCAGGUACCUAUGGUAUUACCACGUCUGCUGAUGAGCUGCAACUCAAGCUAAUUACACAAACUCAAUACGGCAAGAACGUUGGCUCUCGUGUGUACUUACUUGAUGCUGGAGGCUCAAACUACAAGCAGUUUAAGUUACUGAAUCAAGAAUUUACUCUUGAUGUCGAUGUCUCCAAACUUCCCUGUGGUCUCAACGGAGCACUUUACUUUGUCCAAAUGGAUGCUGACGGAGGUAGCGGACGCUUUCCGACAAACAAAGCUGGAGCGAAAUACGGAACGGGAUAUUGUGAUGCACAGUGUCCACAUGACAUUAAGUUUAUCAAUGGUGAGGCGAACACGCUUGAUUGGGGUGCAACAAGUCAGAACUCGGGUGGUGGCAAGUAUGGUGCUUGUUGCGCAGAGCUCGAUAUCUGGGAGGCGAAUAGCAUGAGCAAUGCCUUUACGACCCACCCAUGCACUUCGGAGGGACAAACACGUUGUUCAAGUCCAGAAGAGUGUGGCAAUGGCAAUGGUAAUCGCUACAAGGGCGUAUGUGAUAAGGAUGGAUGUGAUUUCAACCCUUUUCGAAUGGGCAACGAAACCUUUUACGGGCGUGGCUCACAGUUCACAAUCGACACGACUCGCAAAUUUACAAUCGUGACGCAAUUUAUUACAAGUGACAACACUGCCACGGGUGAUCUUGUUGAGAUUCGACGCUUGUUCAAACAAGAUGAUCGUAUUGUAUCAAUGCCUUAUAGUACGUGGUCUGGGUUGAAGAAAGCAGAUUCAAUCACUGAUUCCAUGUGUGACAUUUCAAAACGAAUCUUUGGUGAUGAAAAUGAUCAUUUGGCGAAAGGUGGUCUUGUACGUAUGGGCAAGCAAAUGGCAAAGGGUUUGACACUUGCUAUGAGUCUUUGGUCAGACCAUUCCGCCUACUGUCUCUGGCUCGACAGCAGCUAUCCUCCUGGCGCUGAUUCUUCGAAACCAGGAGUGAAGCGUGGCUUGUGCCCGACGUCAGGUGGACGCCCAGCUGAAGUGGAGGCUCAACAUCCGGAUGCAGAUGUGAAGUUUAUGAAUAUUCGUGUGGGUGAUAUCGGAACCACGUUGUUGACGAGCGAUAAAAUGAAGCCAGGAAUUUAA